CGUGUUACUUUCCCUCCUCCUCCUCCUCCACCUCCUCCUCAGCCUUCUUUUUCCAGUCUGGCGAGAAACAAGAGAAACUGAAGGGGUGUUAAGUUGCUUCAGUAUUCGGGAAACUAGCGAGAGAAAAGCUCCACCCGUCCUGUCGGCUCGUGUCGCUUAAGUUUGCCGGUUGUCAUCGAAGAAAUGGCCACAAGAAGAAGACACGCUCAAAGGAUGGAAGAGGAUAUUUUAAGUUGAGGAUCUGCCCGAAUGCAAAUUUACUCAAAGAUGAGUCCUGUCCUUCAUCGUUUUCUGUCCAUCUCUGCCCUCGUUGACACUGUAUUGUGUCCUUAUAACUUUAGCAACUGCCCAGUGAGCCAAGAAACUGUGACUCCAGGUCUCUGAUUAUGUGCUUGUGAUGGUACACAGGCUGCCCUUCCCAUAUCCCAUUCCUAUUGUCUGUAACAAGGACACAUCUUUCUAUUCAAACCCUGUCCUCCUGAACCCACCUCCCUCCUUUUGAGUUUCUGGGCCAUGCUCCGCAAGAGAGGCUCUCUCAUUCUUUGUGGUACGUUCCUGUUUAUCACCUGGAACGCCAUACUGGUGCUUCUGCUGUGGGGCAGACCCCCACCUGGCCAGCCGGACGAGCCUGGCCGAGGGCAGAGAGAAGUGGCUGAAAGGCCCACUAAUGAUAUGGUGGGAGAUGUGCUCCGAAUGGCAGACACGUUCGAAGCGGAGCUUGAGAGGCAGAAAGAGAUCCUGCUGCAGAUCAAGAAUCACCAGUCACUGUGGGAGCCGUCAAACAGAAACAAACCGAAGGUUGUUGUCCCGCGUCAGCCCGUCAUUCCUAUCCUGGUAAUCGCCUGUAACAGGGUCACCGUGAAGCGCUGCUUGGACAAACUCCUGGAGCUCCGUCCUUCAGCAGAGCUUUUCCCAAUCAUAGUGAGUCAGGACUGCGGACACGCUGAGACUGCUGAAGUGAUCCGUUCUUAUGGAAGUCAAGUAAUUCAUCUGAAACAGCCAGACUUGUCAGAUAUCGCUGUGCGGCCAGAGCACAAGAAGUUUCAGGGUUACUACAAAAUCUCCAGGCACUACCGCUGGGCUCUCAACCAAGUGUUCAAGACCCUUUCUCAUUCCUCUGUUGUGAUUGUAGAGGAUGACCUGGAGGUGGCGCCAGACUUCUUUGAGUACUUCCGAGCCUUGCUGCCAGUCCUGAAAUCUGACCCCAGUCUUUGGUGUGUGUCAGCCUGGAAUGACAAUGGCAGAGAUGGCUAUGUGGAUCCAGGUAAGGCUGACCUGCUCUACAGGACAGACUUCUUUCCGGGUCUGGGGUGGAUGCUCCUCAGGGAGGUGUGGGAGGAGCUGGAGCCCAAGUGGCCUGCUUCAUUCUGGGAUGACUGGAUGCGUCAGCCAGAGCAGCGCCGCAACCGUGCCUGUAUCCGCCCAGAGAUCUCCCGAACUUUAACCUUUGGCCGGAAAGGAGUGAGUCUGGGUCAGUUUUAUGACAAGUACCUGCGAUACAUUAAACUCAAUACCGAAUUUGUGCCUUUCACCAAGUUAGACCUGAGUUACUUGAAGGAGGAGAUGUACAGAGAAAAUUUUGAGAAGGAAGUUUACAGUGCUCCCGUGGUUGCAUAUGAAGAUGUUAAGCAGGGGAAGCUAAAAGGACCCGGGCCCUUCCGCCUUCAAUACUCAAGUAAGGAGAGUUUCAAAAUGCUGGCCAAAAACCUGGGUAUCAUGGAUGACUUGAAGUCUGGAGUCCCAAGGACAGGAUACAGGGGGGUUGUCAGUUUCAUCUCAAGAGGACAGAGAAUCUAUCUGGCCCCUCCUCCAGGAUGGACCCAGUAUGAUGCCACCUGGAGUUGAUGAUCCAAAAGCAAGUUUAUGUAGCCUUUUUGUAAUCUCUGAAUGUCAGUUGGGGAAAGCAUUCCAGACCAAAGACUGAUGUCCUUAAAGUUUCUUUGAUUGAAUCACAUGUACUCUAGAUUAUUGUCUUAAAACGCAGAACAGAUUGUCUCUCUUUCUGGUGUUAGGGUAAUUGCCAAUACUACUCAGGUCUUUUUCAUUAUUCCAAAACAUUUCUUACAGUGUAGGAAGCAGCCUAAACAGUAUGUUAGACAAGACUGUCGUAAUUCACCAGAGAUCUAUUUUUAUAUUCUGCUAAUUGUGCACAUGACACUCAUUAAUGCAUUCAAUGCAACUACCUAGUUUGCCACUUUUGUUUAAAUUAUUUGGUAGCCUACGUGACCUUUUUGUGUCUGGUACAAAUAUAAAAAUAUAAUCUGUGGUAUGGUUGCUUAUGGUGGUGGUGAUUGGUCAUAACUACAGUAUAAUCUGACAUUUGAUUCUCAUUGUUUAUGCCUUCUAUUAAAAUCAGUUCUUCCUGCUUACAUUUUAAUGUCACUUAAUUCUGCAUAAUGAUUCUCCAAUGUAGUACACAUUGCAGGUUUAUCACCUUGCAAACUACAUCAGUGUGUUUGUAUAUUUUUUGGAAUAAAAAAACAAUUCACAAUUUUG